AACAAACUGAAACACCCUUCUUGUUGCGAGAGCUUGAUACCGCCAGCAGACAGUCUUUGAAGCUUUUACUUCACUGUUCAAUGUUUCCUUAAGGGCUUUAAAACCGAUCGACAUCAUUUGAAGCGCUGUAUAACAGUUUAUAAGGAACUAUAAGCUUAAUUGUUAUACCUCAUUUGCAGUUAACAACAGGAUUUCUAUUGAGGUGUUCGCUGAAGCAGUACAAGGUAAGAUCAAGUAGUAUUAUUUAGCAUGAUUUAGCGGAUGAGCACCUUUCUUGAGCCGUUUUUGCUAUAGCUGAAAGUCUCGUCAGUCACUGGAAACCUUCUUGAUCUUCCUAGCUUAGCAACCGGACACGAUCGAUGUGCAAGGUUCAGACGCCGAACUUUUCAUGAGCCGAACCUAAUACUUUAUUCAAAUUGUCCUGCGUCAUUAAAUAUUCAAGGUAGAAGACAUCGACCCAUUAUUUCUAAUACUUCGAGGUUGCAUGAACGUCUGUGGUGUUUAUCGCUCUUGAUUGUCCUGAACUCACUAACUUUCCGCCGGUUCAUCGACAUACAAUCCCGGUACGUUCUUCCGCUCGCUGAUCAAAGCAUAUUUCAAGUGAACGCUUGAGAAGACACAAAAAUAUACAUACACUUUAUUCCCGUCAAAUGCACUACUUCCACUCACUCCAACAUUAGACUACAAAGUGGCUCCGUGCCUAACAACUCCUGUCUACUGAACACUACAUCAAUCCAUAAAUAAAGGAGGGUACUAUUUUUUUGGCCAAUUCUCAGUUAACUACUAAUUUUGGUUAGCCAUUAACUUUCACUUUCCUACAGGGAAUAUUAUUCCGUCAUAACCCGAAUUUUUCUUUCUUCAGCAAGUCAAUUACUUUUGGGGGUAGGCCCUACUAAAAUCACGGUAUAAAUUUACAUGAACUUUGCCACUAGUACAGUCUAACCUCUCCUUACAGACACCUCUCUAUUACAGACAGUUCGUUUGGGCCCAGAAAUGCCAAAAAUCAUUCCCUACCUCUAUAAUUGUCUGUAAUCUAUAAUUGUUUGCUCUACCCAAAAAAGUAAUUCUGAGUGACAGAGAUUUCAAACCUCAUGCUUUCGAAAGCGAGGAAGGGUACAAAUUAUUAGCUGUUGAUCAGACCCUUCCUACAGUCUAUAAAACUUGUUUGGUUCCACUCCUUUCUUAGUCCAUUUUAGUUUCCUACCUUUUCCCAGCCUAAGACACUUUUAGUGGUUUUUGGCUAUCAGACCCAGAAUAGAGGCCCUCUUCGGAGGUGUACGUAUGUCCCUUUAUACUCUGAAUUUUGCCAUUUUAUCUAGUCUUAUGUUGCUGUUUGAAGGCCAUGUGGCUUGUCGAAACGUUACCCUUAAAGGGCCUCAGAAUAGUAUAGCUAAUUUUGCAGCACAAGAGGUCACUACUAUAAUACAAAUCUUUGACAUUUUACCCCUUUAAUAUAAAGAAACUAAUUGUAUUAUAGCAAUUAUAGUAAACCAUCGUCAAAAUGAUAUUGUUUCUUUUGCGUGCUUAUAGAUCAAGCUAUUGAAAGAGAGCUGAAGAGAAACAUCAUUGCAAGCACGUACAAAAUGCAAAAUUUUGGGGGCAUUAUUUGGUUUAGUCUCCUGCACAUUAUGCUGUCUCUUGCUGAAGACAAUGAGGAUGCAGAUGUGAUCAAGCACUGCGUGUCCACCAACUCAACAUGUAGUUCCACCUAUGCGCAUGUCUACAAAAGCUUAACAGAGAAUCAGAACAGCUUUAACAUAUCCCAUGCCUUGUAUCCUGACGGGGCAAAACCAUCAUUUCUUGUAAAAGUAAAUGUUUAUGGGCCCAAUAAAACACACAACUCAGAACCAGCAAAGUUUACCUGGAGUAUACACUGUCUGUAUGCCAAUGCUCCUGGUCCGCUGCUUGAAAUGUUGUCUCUUGGGUCCAUCCUUGUAACAUUUCGAGAACAAGAGCUCAACAUACAAAUUCCUGCGUUUUGUUGCAAUAUCUCAGAUGACGAUGGGGAAAGGAAGAAAAUGAUAAAAGGUUUUCUUAUAAGGGCACAAUUUGAGGUAAGUGAAUAUUUUGAAGGAAUAUUAUCUAUUGAUAGGUCGUAUUCUAAGUGCACUGGCAGAUCGAGGGGGAGAGACAGAGGGUUCCACACCAAAAACCACUUUUCAAAUGAUUUUACAGAUUAAAGAAUGUAAGUAAAUACUACUUUCUCUCCGUAAACAUGAUCAAAUGGAUGUCAUGGCAGUGUCGCGAGGCGAGAACGCCACAUGAGAAUUCAUGACGGAAAAAAUGCUAUGUUUUGAAUCCUUUAGUUUCAAAUGAACAUGUUUCCUAAGACUCUUUUGGCUUAAAAUACUCGGUAAAUUAACGGGCAAAAUAACGAAACCUGCUUUAACAUAUUGAGGCGAAUCGUGAUUCGCCUUUCUUGCUGGAACAUGAAGUAUCGAAACUUUAUCUUGAAGAUUUAAAACCUUUUUAUAAGCGUUUUCUCUUGCACUCAAUCCCUCUGUGUACUAGUGUACAUGUACAUCCAUUGAAUGAAGAUAUCUCUGAAGCUAACAGUAUUGGCACUUUUUUAUAUGCCCGCUUCUUCUAGAGAUGGUAGGAUAAGUCGCUUUCGAUGUUUCCUUUUCCUUUAUGUUGAAGUUCAAACCAUUAAAUUAGUGCGUUCCCCCCUAAAAUGUGACAGCAAAUUUCUCUCUGUAUGUUAAUAUUGCCGUUUUCCUCCUGCUUGUGGAAAGUAACGUUUACAGGAAAGCAAUAAGUUAAGAGUGUUGACUGUAGAUUGCUUCGUCUCGUCUCACAGAAACAUCAACUGGAUAGUUGCUGGCGAGCCUUAUGCGAGCCAGCAGACUGUUCUCUAAAAAAAGUCGGAUAUAAGGUAGGAAGCAUGCGCAGUCCAUACCAGGUUUUCUUAUUAUCCGGGAUAUUCACCCCUGUGUGAUGGCAUCACGUUAAACGCACAUGGACGAGAUCGAGAGAUUUCGAGAAAAUUUCCUUAGAGUAAGCAGAUCAUAAUUGAGGUGAGCGUUUAGAAAUCUUUUAUUUUUAUUUUUUAGAAGUCUUAAUUUGCUUGUGAAAGUAUUCAUCAAGUUCUCGAUUCAGAGCGUUUUAGUGAUGAAUCUCGAGGAAGAGGGGAGAUUUAUAUGUGGCUGACUGCAUUACUUGCGUAUUUGUGAAUAAAUGGAGGUGCGAAGAUGUCGAUCAAAUCCUCCUUCAUGGAGAUAGUUUUCUCUGUGUAUUCAGCAGAAGUGAUGUAUCAGGCAAAACUUCUUUUGUUCGGAGUAAACUAGAAGAGGUAAUGAAAUACCAUACAGAACAAAGCUAAAACUUAAUUUACUUUGCGGGUCUUGAGAAAAAAAAAGUUACCGCUAUAUAUUUUCUAAAAACACCGAAAGUUGUAGCCUGAAUUUCAGACGAUUACUUCGAGUCGUUUUUAUUUCCUCAGUUACAAAAGUUGACCCUGCUGUCACUAGUUUCAUAAUUAAAAAGGGUAGAAUGACAAUAAUUUUCGGAAUUAUCCGGUUAUACCAAACAAGUCACGCCAUUAGAUUGUCAUGUUACAUUUUUGGAGGCAGAUCAAGGAUCAUCAAAGGAUUGGGGGAGUGCAUUGUGGAAAUGUCCCAGUUAAAACUAAUGCCAAUCUUUUCUUGUUUCGAAAUGGUAACUUGCUUAUUUUAAUUUUUAUUGAUAAUGGCGAAAGUCACGGUUAUACAGCCCCGACUUAAAAAUGCAGGGGGAAAUAAUACCUGACCCAUACCUAUCUUUCCAAGCCCAGGGAGUUGAACACCAAAGGUUUAUCCAUAAUUUUAAAAGAUAUGGUAGAAAUUGAGCGGCCUGUUCUCGGACACGUAUCCCUAUUCUCGGACGAUCGUUCGUCGAUGAUAAAUCCUGUUCAUCAUGUUAAUAUACGUCUUGUUGAAGGAAAACGAAGUAAUAUUAAUAGUAAACAAUCUCUUUUCCCGACUUAAAAAGGAUUUUAAAGUCAGUUUUAGUGAUUCCAUCCUCGUGUAUUAGUCGCAGACAAACAAGCGAUGUUAAAAAUAUUUUGCCAUUUAGGUAAGUUAAUCCCGACGGCUCGCUGGGAAAAAUAAUUUUCUUCGCUCUUCUUUUAUGAAACUGUUGUUGGACUUAAAAAAUGUGUUUGGCUUUCGCGCUGUCCGACAAUAGUUAUACCUCACAAAAAUAUACCAAGUUUUUCCCGUGUUCUUUCUGGAAAUUGUGAAACAGUGAACUCUUAAUUCUUACUUGGAAGCAAACCUUGUUCCAUUUUGAGUAUAGGCGAGAACAGGGUGGAAACUGAAACGAUCUAAUUCGAUAUGCAGCGAAAUACGAACUUUAUUUGACAGAAACACAGUUUUACCUACCUUUACUGACAAGAUCGAUCUUCAAAUUUCCCCCCCUAGACCCAACGACGAUCAGUCCCAAAAGGAGUUAGCACAAUUAGAAUAACCAAUCACUCAACGGAGCCUAUCUUUGGUUUUUAGUUGUUAGAGUCCAGCAAGAAAUGCAAUGAUUACGAAACAUUUAUGCGUACUGUCCGAGAAUUGGUGCGUCCGAGAGAUAGGCACACAUACCGUUAUGUUGGCAUCGCCGCUUCCAUAGCAACGGAAUAACCAUGACAUGAAAUCUAUAAAUUGCCGGGAAUUUUCUCAAAAUCUAGCGAUAAUCUGUUAAAGUCCUCUAGUUUGCGAAUAAUUCAGACCGUUGUCUUUACUUUGGCAAGAUUUGACUGAAAAAAAAUCGAUGAGAGCGUUUUUGAAAUAUAACUUUCUAAAAAUUUUGCAUCCCCAAAGAUGCCUUUUUCACUUUUGUUUCUCAAUCCUCCGGCUCUAAAGUGAUGAUUUACAGUGCCGGUACAAUCCAGAUUUAUAUUCUUGGCUUAAGGUGCGGUUCAGUUCUUUCAGUAGUGAAAACUGGCAAGCAAUCGCUCUUUCCUCUUUGCGAUCACGUUCUUACUCAUAAGAUAUUUUUGCUCAUGCAACCGUAAAAGUUGUAAUCUUUGGUUUUAAAGUCGCAGUUUAAAAAAUUACUCAAUGUAUGUUUUUUAAUCGGUUCUUUGAGAGUUUAAUGAUUGCUAAACAUUUUGGUGAAAUUUCAAAGCCAUUGAAAUUUUUGAAAUGACAUCGAAUUCAUGUUGAAUCUUUGCUCCUGGCUUCGUAAAGGCCAUUGUUUACUAGUUUCCUCGUUUGGCGUUAUGACCGGUUAUGUCUCUCGCUUGUUAGUUUCCGCAUGUAAAUUUGCAGGCGCGGAGCAUGCGGGAACACGGGACACUGUUUCUUUCACGCUCGGAAUGGUUGGUUUUCUUUAAGUUGUCAGUUGUUAUGUAGAUAUCUGUCUCUUACACUGAACCUUCACCAAAAAUGGUUUAUAUCAUCUCUUGAAAAUCUUUCUUCUAUGCUGGAGGGUGGUACGACUAAGAGACAUGCGCGUAUUGGAAAGUGUCUAUUGUUUUGAAUUGUGUACGCACAUUUGCGAUUAAUUCUUUUUUCAGUCUUUCUCCUCUGUGUACGUGUUCUCUUUCUGAGACUUCAAGAAUAAUUAUGGUCGCGUGGUAACUACCAGGGGGGAAGGAUGGGGGUACUCAACAAAUGUUUAUACGGGAAGGCGCCGCCUAGGGAUCCAACCCCUUACCCUUUAAAUACCAUUUUUCAUGAAAAAGGUACCCAGUUUCGUAUACCUUCUAUUGACAAAUGGUACCCCUUUCACAUAUACCUUGUUUAGAACUUUGCAGUUUUAAGAACCAGAAUUGAGAAGCGCAGUGCUUUGUAACAGCGUUUUAUGACCCUUGGAACGGAAUUCCCGAUUAGGUCAAAUACUGUCACACUUUAUGUUUGGGGGGCGAAAGAAUUGGGCGAGAGGUGCGUGAAAAUAACGCUUAUUGUUUCCUGCUUAUAAUGGCUAACUUGCUUGGAAUGAGUUAGUAUACAGCCCCGACUCAAAAAUGGUACUCAUUUUUCUUGUUACGAAAGUCUUCCAAAACGGUACAAUGUUCAAAUAAGUUUACGUUUAACUCUCGCAUAUGAUGCUAUGUCACGCAGUGGUCAGCGACAAGGUUAUGUAGGGGCCUAAAUGUGUACAGCCACGCCUCCCCCAGGAAAAAUCGCGCUUGGCAGCCCAGUUACAAUCGCCUUUUGGCGAUUCUUGUUUACUCAUUAGUUCUGGAUAAACAGAUUGAUUCCAGAUGUCUACAUGCUGUCUUCAGCAAUAACCAUACCCUAGAGAUGUAAAGGGGCAGAUCAUACAAUAGAGCUUUUAAGAAUACUGCACUUUGAUCCCCCAAGGGGCAGGGCUGAAAGAAUUUAGUUAGGGAUUAAGAAAAAAAAUGUUCAAAUGCACCUUUAGAACCGGCUACAGGGAAAUGGUUUUGUUGUCCUCUCUCUUCUUUAACUUGAAAGAGCUGUAAAGCACAUGUAUUUUUUUUGUUUACUCUACAGUUGCAGGAUCUGGCUGAUAGCCCUACCAUUCGAAAUCCAUCACUGAAUACAGCUGAGUGUGUUAUACAGGGUCAUAAACCUGACUUUGCAACAGGACGAAGUCAUUACGUCAGAGCAAUGUUAUGGUUGUCUAUGUGUUUUGUAAUAUUUAGUGGCCCUUUGUUGGCUAAAAAUAUAAGAGAUAUAGAAGACUUAAGUUUAGGAAAUAGCAAUUCUAAGAAGAAAAACAAAUUUGAAGCUGUGUGUUUUUCUUUUUAUUUCUUGUCAGUGUUCAGCAGUUUGCUUAUCGUUGUUGCCUUUGCGCUUUCAAUUACGUACUGGAAACUUGGGGGUACCUUUCACUUUACUGUCAUAAUAAUAAUUAUUUUUGUUCUUAGUUCGCUAGAGUCCUUUUGUGUCAUCAGGUGGUUCGAGUAUGGUGACUCAAAGCUUUUAUUUUUGUUAAAGAUCUAUGGAGGACAUGCGAUAAGCUAUAUACUCUGCUGGAUUAUAAUUGGGAUUAGGAUAAAUCCCACAUGGGGGUUAACUAUUGCUCUUCUUGUUUUCUCUUUUUCCGCUUCUGUCACUUAUGCAAAGUACAUUUACCUUGAAGAAUUCCGCAAUGGUAAUUGCUACAGUACUGGCUGCUGUACUACUACCAAUAGUUCUACCACUGGUAUUACUUAUAGUAACGGUAGUAAUUCUAAC